ACGUUGUUCAAAACAUCCAAAACGUUUUAAUCCAGCGGCACAGAUAUAUUUUCCAUUCUCUAAAAUAUUUAAAUUGGGUGCUUCUUAACUAUUUAUAAUCCAUUAAAAAGAAACGAGAUAACACUUCACACUAGAAGCAAUGUGUCAUUUGAUAUAUUUUGCCAAUUUAUCAAUGAUAAAAGCUAAUUUUGCUAAGAGUAAAAUUUUGAAUGUAUCAAACCAAAUCCAUUGGGAAUUUCUGCAACUUAUUAUUUACCAGUCGCAUAAUCCAUAUUAAGCUGACAAUUCCAUCCUCAUUUACAUAAAAAGAUGCCCCGACUCACAUUAAAGUGUUUGUUGACUUAACUUAGUUAUGUUCAUGUUUUAUGUUUUUUAGGACAGCCAUAAAAAUGUUGUUUUGAUUUCAGGAUCCUGCUUUUCCGGGCGGCAGUUCCUUGUAAUGCUCGUGAGCGGUUUUCCCACUACGCUAUCGUAAUAUCGUAACCCUUUCCUGGCUCCUCGCACUGCCACCUCUUUAAGGCAAAUUCUAGUUUCUUAAUGUGGCGCAGCAAAUGUGCCGCUUUGAGCAUUAAAAUCAACAGAGGCAGCCACAAACUCGCACUCUAAAAAGCCUCCCACAGAAUGCGCUCUACCUCUCUCUUCGCUCUCCCUCUCUCUGACUGCAAACAUUUCUCAAAAGGUGUUUUUGUCGCUCAGGUAAAUUGAGUGAAAAUCCAGAGUGUAAAUAUACAUACAUGAGUUUCUACAUGGCCGUGUCAAAUAAUACGCACGUGUAUUUUUAGUGGUAAUAGAAUAGAUCGCUUCAGCUGAAUGGGUUUUUAUAAUUUUGGGUGCAAUCUGAUUUGAAUUGAAAUUGCCCAAUAAAGUGCUCCAUUGCAUAUACCUUAUGGAAAAAUUCAAGCGUUACUGGCUUUAGUUAGUAAAAUGUGUCGCAAAUACCACAUCUUUUGGGCUUUAGCUCCAUUUAUGGCUAUUUCACUUGCCGGCGGAGAACCAAAAAAGCUCAUAGUAUUUGAUACCAUAGACUGUGCAAUCAAGAGCAGUGUCUUCUCAAAGGUUGUGUGUCAGCUGUAUUCCCGGACGGAAUUUACUGUCUUUUUGACCGUUGGCGAAAAGAAGCAAGCUGACAAGGUGUAUGGAGCUUGCGAAGUAAAACUCUAUCCGAAAAGGCAGAAAAAGAUAACUAGGAUAAAUAACCUAAGAUUGGACUUUUGUCAACUGAAGAAGCAUUCCGAAUCGCGCUCAGUGCUGGGAAUGUACUACUUAGCAAUUCGCAGAUCUAUAGUCGGCUUUCCCAAAAAGUGUCCCUUCAAAAAGAACACUACAUAUGGAAUAAAUCGAUUGCAUUUUGACUGGCAAGAAGUUCCGCAAUAUCUACCCGAAGCUAAUUACACUUUUAGGGGAAAGAUUUAUGCCAACGAUGAGUUGGGACUCGAGAUCAAGCUGGCUGGCGGCUAUUUUGAAGUUGCCAACGAUGCUGCCUAUAGUAAGCCCCUACUGUGAAUGUGCAUAAAACUUAUGGACAUUAAAAAAGUAACUGUCUAAAUAAUUUUAAUAUGGGAGUUAGCUCUGUACUUAAACCCAAUAAUUUAAUCUAUUCAGUUAAUUACUAAUUAAUUAAGUGUGGAAAAAAACACAAUUUUUGCACAUUCCCUGUAAUUGAGUUUGUUGAGAUCCACCCAAUGCUUAACUUAAUAAUUAAA